UUAAUUAUUUUCAGCGAAACACUAACAGACACAUGAAAUGUUGAACUAAGCGGUUUUUGAAACAUCUCAUAGUGUCCACUGCACUGAAAGCUUCCUUAGUCUCCAUCCAUCCUUCUUCCGAGUUGUAGGAUGCAGCAGGAAUGAUCCCGGUCCAGCGCGUUAAAGCUCAGCCUCAGCUGUGGCACGUGAGCGCGGAAGCUCCUCCAUGGCUCUGGAUGGUCCCGAACACCUCCAGACUGUGUAGGGUGGGUUCUGCUCCUCCAGUACUCAUCUCCUCCCGCCCUCCUCCGGUGAUUCAGGCAGUCUCAGGAUGGCAGAUGUCCUGCGAUCCGUUUGUGCCUGUGAUGCGCGCUCCCGCCGCGGAACCCGCGACCAUCAGUCAGUUCAGUCUGCCCAGUGUUCAGUGGGAGAUGCCAUCCAGGCCUCAUGUGUUGGGUUACCAGCCUUCUGCAAGUGUGGAUCUACUUCCAGUGUUUCCUCACGUAUACCGGACUGUCCUGCCUCCACACUAUGGCAAGGGCUGGGUGGAGAAACGUGUGCCUGACUACAAGUUUUAUCUAAACAACAACACUUUGGCUCUUGAAACCACCUGGAUCAGUCCAGAGGAAAUGGGAAUUUUCCAGCGUCAGGAAAAACCACUGCUGAGGACGAAUCAAACAGCGUUGAGCAUAUGUAGGCCAGCUGCAGCCUCCAGGAAUAUCCACACUCUACUUUUGACACCUAGGCGUGUUUCAGGAUGUCCCGUGGCCAUUAAGCGAAGAGGAAGCUCGAAACGCAUCGCUCUGGCAGCAGCAGCCAUGAUGGCGAUGGAUUCUGACGUGACACAGGGACCAUCUGUCUCUUCCGCUCACCCUCUCCACCUGCUCUCGCUCUCACCCAUCAAGCUUCCGUUUCUGAUGACACCUCAUGCAGGAACCCGUAGAAGCUGGGAGAGCUUUCUGGGACCCGUCCUUCCCUCUCAGAUCACCGCAUUAACAUCACUCUCUGCUCCUGGAGUGACCCUACUCACUGGAAACUGGAAGGGGCAAAGACCGACAAAUAAGAUACUGGAAUUAAAGAAGCCAUCCUGCACAGACGCCUUAGUUCUCCGCCGCGGUCCAAACCCAGAGGCUAAAGCUGAGGAUGAGCCUUUUAAAGUCAGUAUGGACGAGGACAUCUUGCCCAAAGACAAGCGGCCAGUUGCAACCACGCCUAUACCUGGAUCACCAUGGUGUGUGGUGUGGACAGGCGAUGACAGGGUGUUCUUCUUCAAUCCCACCAUGCAUUUGUCAGUAUGGGAGAAACCAGUGGAUCUGAAAGACCGUGGAGACCUCAAUCGAAUCAUUGAGGACCCGCCACAUAAACGCAAGAAAGACGACGACUCAAAUUCUGCUGAUGAAGAUGAUGACGAGGAUGAAGAGGAACGUAGUUCAAAGACCAAGCGCUACAAACUGGACCAUCCUGAUGAGUGUGAUGAAGGAAAAAAUGGAUCAUUACCGCUGGAGCUCCGGAUCGGCCAUUUCAGAGACAUGCUUCUGGAAAGAGGGGUGUCUGCAUUCUCCACCUGGGAGAAAGAACUGCACAAAAUUGUUUUUGAUCCACGGUACCUGUUGCUGAGUCCAGAGGAACGUAAACAGAUUUAUGAUCAGUUUGUCAAAGCAAGAAUGAAAGAGGAGCACAAAGAGAAAAAAUGCAAACUCCAGCAAGCCAAAGAAGAAUACAGAAAACUGCUUGAGGAGUCAAAAAUCACAACCAGGUCAACGUUUAAAGAGUUUUUGGACAAGUACGGAAAAGACCCUCGAUUCAAACAGGUUCUGAAGAGGAAAGACCAGGAACUGUUUUUUACCCAGUUCAUCAGCACAUUGAAGAAGCGGGACAAGGAGAACCGAAUGCGUCUGAGGAAGAUGAGAUGAGUGCUUGCGGACAGGGACGUGAAGUCUCCACACUACUGUGAACUGAUUUCCUGUGACUGUUUAUCACAGCGUAGACGGUGAUACCAUCUGCCCAUAUGUCUGACCAAAUGCCAAGGGCAGUGUUGCUGUUUGCUUUUCAAUGAAUGACUUUCAAACAAAGGAACAAAUACAAAACCAGCUGGGUCUAGGCAGCGGUUUGGGGAUUAACUCUGUAUAUCUGAAUGUGUUUCAUAUUGAAGCUCUUAAUCUCCGGUUUGAGUAAAACAAGGUUCCUAAAUCACAACACUGAACAUGAAUACAGAGUCUGACUCAAUAGAAGCAUCUAAAGCCAUUGACCUGUGUGCACAGGUGGAAAAUGAUUUUUAUAAAAAUUGUAAAUAGAUGUUGAUUUACUUGGCGCUGUGUUGAAAGUGACCGUAGAAGUGAAACCAUUUGAUCAGAGUAAAGGAACGUUUACACGACACCGUUUUCAGCUAAAACCGGAAAACUUGUAUGCAUUUUGGCUGUUCGUUUCUACGACAAUGGUGUUUUGGUCAAAGUGUAAGAUUUUGAAAACCAUACGGUUGUCGUCUCUGUGUAAACUACAAAGACGUACAUUUGUGAAACCGGUGACGUCAUACGCAUGCGUAUUAUGUGUUCAGUCUAUAGGCGCGUAUGUUUUUUUACAAACUGACAUCGCCAACUACUGGCCUGGCAUGAAUAA